AUGAUCCCAAGUUUGACCAAGCCUGCCCUUUGGCUGCACGCUCAGAGGUUGACCCAGCAUGAGCGAGCCAAUACAGCAACGGAAGCGAAUCAGGUCGUAUACAAGCUUAAAAGUUGGCUUCAUGGGGUAGAACUGCUCCCCUUCUAUACGGGACGGGGCAAGGAAGUCGCCCAGAUACGGCUCCUUUUCCAGCAGGGUCGGUCAAGGAUAACGGUUGUUCUGAGUGGAUUAGGGGGCAUCGGAAAGACACAAAUUGCGCUGAAAUAUGCAGAGGUCUACGAAAGCGAGUAUGAUGCGAUCUACUGGGUAAAUUGCCGAAGCAUGGACACUGUUAAGCAGAGUCUUUUCGCAGUCGCAGUGCGAAUUCACCUCCAGAACCCUUCCUUGCCGGGCUGGAAAGAGGUGUUAGAAUCGCAAGAUAUCGAAAAGGCAUCAUUAGCCGUGAUUGACUGGCUAAACCAAACUCAGAAUGACAGAUGGCUCGUCAUCUGCGAUGGUUAUGGCCAGGGUCCGGCGGAUGAUUCCAGCCUUGUAACUGGAAUUUGCACAGAAUGA